CGGGAGAUUUGGAGCACAUGCGGAACCAAGAGUGUCGAUGAUAUUAGUGUACAACGACCUACCAAUGGUAGGCUACCAUGGUGGAUACUUCAAGUCGAUUAACAACAACAAUUAGUUAACCUUUGCAAAUAUAUCGUAAAGUGCCAGCGUAAAUAAUAUUUUUCUCAUCCAUGGGUCAAUUUACAGCAAAAGUUGAACCGUUCCGACUGCGCAUUUCAUCGAGAUGGAAAGUGGUUUCCCUCUCAAUACACCUCGAUUUCGAUCUCGAUCUCCAUCCGGGUGGGAAAAACCACGACGAAUAGAGCGAGCACACCGAAGUGACCUGCUCGAUAUCUUUCACAAGUACUCCCAAAUAGGAGCGAAUGGAUACCGAUUUAUCAAGUCCACCGACUUGAUUACCAAGUACUUUGGCCUUCUCAGCACAGCACAACAUGACCAAAACACGGUGGAGUUGUUGGCCGGAAUCAUCGACACUUCCAAAGAUGGGUACAUAUCAUUUUCCGAGUUUGUGACAUUCGAAGGCCUCCUCACAGUACCGGAUGCCCUCUAUUUCACUGCAUUUCGACUCUUUGACACGAAUGGGAAUGGGAAGGUCACCUUUGACGAAUUCAAACACGUCAUCAGCCACACCACUCUCCAAAAGAUGAUGCCUUUCAACAUGAAUGGCAAUUUUGUCCGAAUGUACUUUGGGCGGAGGAAGAAUCGCGUGGUCACCUACGCCGAGUUCAGUCAGUUUCUUCAUGACUUUCACGAAGAGUAUGCCACCGAAGCAUUUCGAAGAUUCGAUCCCGACUGCAAGGGGACCAUCCCCAUCUCCUCGUUCGUGUCCAUCAUGACCAACCUCCGCUCCCACUUGGUCCAACCGAAAGUGGGGGCUCAUCUGGAAGCCGUGGCCAGGCAGCUUGGGGAUGGAGAGUCGGUCUCCUAUCCCUUUUUCGUAGCCUUCAACUCCCUCCUGAAUAACAUGGAGCUUAUGAAGAAAGUCUACCUGCAAGCUUCACGGGGCCUGCCAUCCACCGAGAUCACCAAACAUGAGUUCCUUUCGUCGGGACAGGUUAUGUCGCAACUGACCCCACUCCAGGUGGACAUCCUCUUCACAAUCUCUCAGCUCAUCAACGACUCUCCCACCCUGAUCCUCUCUGACCUCCAGUCCAUCGCUCCAGAACAGUACUACAUCAAAGUGGAGAACAGGGUGCUGGACAUCAAAGCGGUGCGAAGUCCGGAGGAAAGAGGGUAUUACGUGGAAUUUCUCGAGUCCGUGUAUCGGUUCUGUAUCGGACUAGUCGCAGGAUUGUUUGAGUCUGUCCCAACGUAUCCAAUGGAUCUUGUAAAAACGCGGAUGCAAAACCAGCGGCCAAGCAAGCUCAUUUCGAGCAAGAUCUACUCCACCAACGUGGACUGCCUCCUCAAAAUCCGGCAUGUCGAAGGGAUGAGGGGCCUGUAUCGUGGCCUCGCUCCACACGUGAUUGGAUCAUCCCUGGGAAAGGCGUUUAAAUUGUCGAUGAAUGAUUGGAUUCGGGAUCAUUUUAUGAACCGAAAAGGGCAGGUUCCCUUCCCCGCAGAAGUUUUUGCGGGUGCGUGCGCUGGGCUUUGUUCCGCAAUUGUCGUAAAUCCGCUCGAAAUAAUUAAGAUUCGAAUGCAGGAUGUCGGUCAGCUUUUUCCACAUUCAAAAUUCAGUAUGCUUAAGCUCAUUAGGAGGUUGGGAUUCAAAGGGAUGUAUCAGGGUAUGACGGCCUGUAUGAUGAGGGACGUCCCUUUCAGUGCCAUUUUCUUUCCUGGCUAUGCCCACAUGAAACUCUACCUUCAGGACGAAGAUGGUUACAACAGCCCUUUUUCGCUUCUUGUAGCUGGAGCCACCGCGACAAUUCCAGCCGUACCAAUUUCCAUGCCCUUUGACGUAAUCAAGACCAGGCUUCAGGUUGUCCCGAAACCGGGUGAGAUUGUCUACACGGGAACGUUGGACUGUGCUCUGCGCAUUUAUCGGGAGGAAGGGUAUCGAUCCUUCAUGCAAGGGACACGAGUUAUCAAGCCCACUCAAGUUGGACUCGCUCUCCUCGUCUAUGAAGUACUGCAACGCUGGUUCUAUGUCGACUUUGCUGGAACGAGACCCACUGGCUCCGAGAAACUCGUACAAAUUACAAGCGUGGACCAAUUGAAGUCAGAAAAUCCGGACCACAUUGGAGGUUACGCCCUUGCACUUCCUAUCCUGGCCGGCAUUGAGUCAAAAUUCGGACUUGUCUUUCCUAAAUUUAAAAACCAAGUUGUUCAUCCUCUCAUUUAGUAAAGAAAAUCAAACAGGGUAAUUUUUCCUAAGUCAUCUUCAUCUGUCCUAAAAAAGAUAAUACUCGCUUACUCACUAGAGACACUCAUAUAAGUUCUAAAUCCAAUCGUGUUCAGUAAUUUCUAAAGCAAAUAAAAGCACGUGAAGGUCAAGUCGGUGAGAAA